UUGUCGUCGCGUCGUCGAAGCUCGAAGCUGCUGCUGUUGUUACAACGGUCAGCUACGGCGAGUAAUUACAGCGAAGUUCGUGAAUACCGUGUAUUUCACUUCUUCCUCUGUAACUUUCCAAGGAAGAGGAUAACUGUGAGAAGGGUAUUAUGAAGGUUACCAAGCCCAACUGGGUGGAACAUACCGUGGGGGAGAAGAAAGCCAAAACAGCCAUCUACAGCAUUUCUGUACAUCCAGAUGGUACCCGAUUGGCAACAGGUGGCCUAGACCAUAAAGUUAAGAUAUGGUCGACGCUGCCUAUUCUCGACGUGGAAGCAGAGAAGGAAGAAGAAAACCCUAAGCUGUUAUGCACGAUGUCUUCCCAUACCGGAUCUGUGCUGUCCGUGAGGUGGGCUCACCACGGAAGAUUCCUAGCGACAGGAUCAGAUGACCAGGUUAUUAUGAUAUGGGGUCUUGAUCCUGAUGGAGGUGGUCGACUUUGGGGUUCUGACGAAAUUAAUGUCGAAAAUUGGAAGGCUUUAACGCGAUUGGUUGGGCAUGUAGCAGAUGUUGUGGAUCUAGCUUGGUCAAGGGACGACACCAUGUUGGCAUCCGUCGGCCUUGACAGUACUGUCUGGAUUUGGGAUGGCUUGACAUUUGAACGACUGAGGAAACUUGAUUUACAUCAGGGAUUUGUUAAAGGAGUUUGUUGGGAUCCUGUUGGGAAUUACCUUGCUACCCAGUCCGACGACAAGACGGUGAAGAUCUGGAACACUGAGGACUGGUCAUUAGCUGAAACCAUUUCCAAACCGUUCGAGACAUCACCGCAAAGCACAUUCUUCCGAAGAUUGAGCUGGUCGCCUGACGGUGCUUUCAUCGCAGCGUCCAAUGCUAUGAAUGGACCAGUGUUUGUUGCUGCGGUGAUUGAUCGAGAGGGUUGGGCGUCGGAUAUUUCCUUUGUUGGACACGAAAAUACAAUCCAAGUGGCUGCUUUCAACCCUCGCCUCUUCUUUCCUGAGGGUGAACCUAAAGGAAGAGCGACGGCUUCCAGCAUGCUUGCGCUUGGUGCAAACGAUUUUAGCAUUUCCAUCUGGCGAAAUACACUUUACAAGCCUUUGGUGGUGUUGAAAGAUAUUUUCGGAGCCGACUUGAUGGACCUCUGCUGGUCAAACGACGGAUAUGUCUUGUACGGUUCCUCCGUUGAUGGCUCAGUGUGUGCUAUCCAGUUUGAACCCUCUGAGUUCACCGACCUUGCCGACUUUUCUGCGACCGAACUCGUCCUUCGAGAAUACGAUUACAAACCCAAACGGGCUCACCAACCUCUUGCGGUUCAUUCCUCCGCUGCCUCUAUCACCAACGGCUUUGGCCCCUCCACCACUACCUCCACUCAUGUCAACGUCUUACAACCUAAAAAGGGCAAAGCCAAACGCCGUGUGGAUCUCUCUAAUGGUAACAUUAACGCUGGCCCUAGUGCAGGUCCAAGCCGCCAAGCUCUUCGACCCCCACCACCAGUUGAUCCAUUCAGUGGACCUAUACAAGGUUUUGCCAGUCCCUCGACGGCCCAAGCGUCAACAGCGAGGAUGUUUGAAGAUGCGCACCGAGCUUUUGGACCUGGUAGUGGAAGUAUAUCAGGCACCUCACCUAGAGCUGGGGACAAGAGAAAGGCCAGCGGGUCAUAUGAGGAUCCUACGAGAGGUGUACGAGGGAGGGGCAUGCCCGUACAGCAACCAAUUCAGCAGUUUGAAGUCCAAAUUAUCCGAGCACCUAUGGUGGCACCUUCUCCCUCGGAUGCUGGUCCAUCAAAAGCCUAUCUCCCGUACCCUCAAGUACAAUCAAUUUUGCGGGCCCAAGCUAUUGGGAAUGAAAGUCGUAGUAUCUAUCUCGAAGCCCGAAAUACUUCAGAUCCGAAAGGGGAAAAUGUGCUUUGCUACUUUGCAGACGGUGAACAGAGGUGGAUGGAUUAUUUGCCGAAAGCGGCUUUGGCGGUUACUGUCACGAAGAAUUUUUGUGCGGCGGCUUGCGAGGAUGGUAGUCUGAGGGUGUAUUCCCCUGCAGGACGAUUGAUACUAAACAUGAAAUUAUCGGGCUUGGUGUAUGACUUACAAGGGGAAGACAAGAUGCUGUUGAUUAUAACAAUGGAUUGUCAAGUGCGCGUCAUAAACGUCCGCAACGGCAAAGCAUUUUCCCCACCGUCGAGCAUCCACCAUCUUCUUUUCCCGGGAUCAUCUUCAUUCCAUUCUUUUGACAUCAUUUCAUGCACUGUCCGACCUAAUGGUGUUCCUGUGAUCAUCACUUCCGAACCUCAAGCCUUUGCUUACGACGCAUCCUUGCAUGAAUGGAGCACCAUUGCCUCCCCCCCUAUUGCUGGCAUCCAGCCUUUGCCGAGUGGCCCUUCAGGUCCUCUCUCUGUUGUUGAUCAGAUUGUCGCCAAGUCGGCACCAGUGACGACGACUGAAAAGAGUAAUGCACCUUGGAUAGAAGAAUCAUAUGUCAUGUCACAGUUUGAAAUGAAACUUCGAGGGACGGUGCUGUUGGAUUCAAAGGAGGAACACAAACACUGGUUACUGGGGUAUAUGAAAUAUUUGGGAGAUGAGAACUUUGCGGAAAGGGCUGGAGAGGUGAUGAAGGACCUCAUUGGCCCUGUAUACCAGUAAAUGACCCCCUCAGCACUAUCUAUGCGGGCUGACGGCUGCAUUUUAGUCAAUCGAAACCCACCGGAUGGGAACCCAAACUCUUGGGUGUUGAUAAGCGUGAAAUAGCGGCGGAAGUGUUGGAUGUGCUCUCGAAGACAUUGCAGGGCAAAAAUGUAGCAUCGGUGUGGUACGAUGUGCUAGAUAAGAUGAAGGCAGACGAGGGAUCCUGGUAGUUGUAAAACAAUAUAUGGUAUACUCAAUGAACACGUUUACAUGCAUCUUUCUCCUGGCCUUUGUCUUCUUGAAGCUUCUCAAUAAAAACAAACCCGUCUCUAUCAUGCAUUUCGCGUUGUA